CUCAGCAGACAUACAAUCAGUCUAACCGGCACGGCCUAGCGAAGUAGACAUUUCUGUACCGCUCUCAAACCCUUUUACCAGCGCUUUUUUUUUACCACCAUCAUCACUGAACUUUUGAGGGGAAACAACUCAGUGAUCAGAGAAAUUGCAGAGAAAAAUUUUCACUUCUGAUCUAUCAUCUGGAGCUUAUACUGCUACCCUUAUGGAGAAGGAUAAUAACGAAAACCACCAUCAAGAACACUAUUUCGAAGGCGUGGAGAAGCUUUUGGAAGUCUGGUUCACCCGGAAAGAUGGCGCUAUCCAACAUUGCGAUCUUCGCAAAGUCCCCAGGGAAAAAUGGGUGAGUAUGCUCAAGAUCGUUCGCUGUGAGAUCAUCAGCAUGACACGUAACGAUACUAUCGACGCUUACGUGCUCAGUGAGAGCAGCAUGUUCGUUUCGAAACGUCGAAUCAUCUUGAAGACCUGUGGUACUACCACCCCACUGCUCUGCUUGAAAUCUCUGCUUUACCUCGUCCAACGUUACGCCGGUUACGACGAGGUUCAGGAUUUGUUCUACUCGCGCAAAAAUUACAAGCGCCCGGAAUUGCAGCAGGAACCGCACCGCACUUUCGCGGACGAGGCCGCCUUAUUGGAUGCCAUGUUUCACGAUGGUGCGGCCUAUUGUUUGGGAGCGGUGAAUCGCGAUUGCUGGUACUUGUAUACACUCAACCCGUACGCCUCUCCGGCCGGUCACUCACUGAGUGCCCUGCUGGCCGGCGCUGCCGAUGGCGACGAUGGAUUCGGAGCCUCGGAUGGCGAGGAGGGGACUGACGGAAGCAGCAGCGAUGGCGGCUGCGAUGGGAUCGAAGAUAGUGGUAGUGAUGGAGCUGAUAGCAGCGAUGAUAGCUUGGAUUUGCGUACCAUGAAUCUGUCGGGUCUUAACAAGAGGAAUGUCUCCCAACGCUAUUCCAUCAGUUUGGGAGGUGGACGUGGUUCAAGCCCUUCGGAAGCGGAUCAAACUCUAGAGAUCAUGAUGAGUGAUUUGGAUCCGGAAGUCAUGAAAAUUUUCACCAAGCAAUUCUCCGCCAACGCGGCUGAAGCUACGCAGAAAUCGGGUAUCGACAAGAUCUUACCCAAUGUGACCAUUGAUGAUUAUCUGUUUGAUCCUUGUGGCUACUCGAUGAACGGUGUUCUUAAAAACGGCGAAUAUAUGACCAUCCAUAUUACUCCGGAAGCCAAGUUUUCUUACGUUAGUUUUGAGAGCAAUAUCCCGCAAUCAUCUUACAUGGACGUGAUUGCCCGCGUUCUCGAAACUUUCCGCCCGGGCAAGUUUAUCGUCACUUCAUUCGCCAACAAGGCAUCGGUGGUGGAAGAUACGCACAAAGACUUAUUGAACGCCGACAUUUUGAGUGAAUUUAAGCGUCGGGACAUUCAGUACUGCCAUCUAAAGAACUACGACCUGACCUACGCUCUUUAUUCCAAAUUUCCCAGCUGAGUUUGGCGGGAACCCAGACCCCAUGGAUCUGGGUGCAUCUCCCAUAUCGCCUCGGAAAUCCUUCUCCCUUUCCUUUUCCCCUCUCCCUUUCUUCUUUGCUUCUUUUUCUUCUUUUGUCUUCUGUCAUCUUUGGCGUCACCCUCAUCUUUCAAUGCCGCGUCGCUUCGUACUCCUCCUACUACUUCACGUCGCGCGGUUCGUUUCGGGGUGAAUGGACGAUUCCAGUUAUUCGGCUAUACGGUCAAGACGCUCAUCGUGGUUCUACAUCAAGAGAAGGAUCAACUCUAUCGUUUGGUUCUGCCCUCAGAUUUGGUUCUCUUUUGCUGGUGGCGCACCAAGAUCUCCUAAUGUCGACUUCAAUGUACUAUUAUUAAACCGAGUAGUGAUUUUAUAAGAGCAUACGGUGGGUAAAAAGAUGUCAUACAUUUUAUGAUUAUCUACAUUGAGAGUCGCAUAUGAGGGUGACUUGGCAGUUAAACCGGCCGAUUAUACACCAAAACCGACAGCCACCAUCUUUUCCACUUUUCAACGACGGCAAAAAUUAGGUGGAUCUGACCGAAAGAGAAAUCAAAACGCCAAUAUUACAAUACGUGGUAGCGUCUUUUUUGCUUGCCUGUUACUUACACUCUGUUUUUACACCCCCCCCCCCCUCUCUUACACCCAAAACCCCCCCUCCAACCCAUAUCUUCUGAUGAAGACAAUUUAAAAAAUCUUCCGAGGCGAAAACGGAAGAUGUAUUCGGAUCGAUUUGUUGACGACUUGGCUCUUUGUUACACCCGAUAUUUAUAUCUUUUGGUGUUUUUCAUCAUAAUCCCUUUGAUUUACGAAAUUAUGCAAAUGUCAUGAGAAGAAAUACUGUUGGCCUUUUACAUGUAGUAAUGAUUACGGGCCUCAUAUUUUGUUGGAUGAUGUCACAUUUCAUAUUACUUUUCCAAUUUAGGUUUUCUCGCUCUCAGCAGCGUAUAUACCUUUUUCAAUUUUUUACCUUAUCCAUGAAAUAUUCAAUACGAGGUUUUGGUUGUACCUUACAAAAACUGAAUGCAUUAUGUAUUGCGUGUUCAGAAAUAAAAUACACUCUUCAAUCACA